AUGGGUGGAGACUUAACACAAAUACUUCCAGUUGUGAAAAGAGGUCGACCAGCUGAAGUUGUAGAAUCAUGUUUAAAAUGUUCUGAACAUUGGCAGUAUGUGCAAAGGUUUUCAUUAACUGAAAAUGUGAGGGUUCAGAUAGGAGAAGAGGAAUUUUCUCAAUGGCUUCUAAAGCUUGGAAGUGGAACUUUACCUGUCAAGCCUGAAGAUCUUUUGCGAGGGUGUAUUGAAAUACCUGAGCAGUGCUUUGUAAACGAUAACGAAUUUAUUGUGGAAAAGAUUUUUGGUGGCACAGAGGAAGCUGAUUAUGCUAAUUGUGCUAUUUUAACACCAACAAAUGUUGAUUCAUUGGCAAUAAAUGAAGAAGUCCUUAAUCGUUUACCUGGUGAUACUAAAAUUUUCUUAAGUUCAGAUAGCAUUGAAACUGAUGAUCAUAAUGAAAUUUAUAAUUUUCCAGUCGAGUUUUUAAAUAGUUUGACUCCAUCAGGUAUGCCUGUUCAUUGCCUAAAAUUAAAAAUAGGUGCUAUUGUAAUGCUACUUAAAAAUUUAGAUCUUAAAGGCGGACUUUGUAAUGGAACACGUUUGAUGGUACGUGCACUGCACAACAAUUAUAUUGAUGGACAGGUUCUAACAGGGGUAGCAGCUGGUAACAGGAUCUUUGUUCCUCGAGUUCAAUAG